GAGGGUGCCCGGGGGGCCAUGGCGCGAGCGCUCGCCCGCCGAGCUGCCCGCUGAGGCCAUGCUGCGACCCCGGCGCCCCGGGCGCCCCGCCGGCGCCCGCCUGCUCCCGCUCCCGCCGCUGCUGCUGCUGCUGCCGCUGCUGCUGCCCGGAGGCCACGCGGGGAACCUGACGGUGGCCGUGGUGCUGCCGCUGGCCAACACCUCGUACCCGUGGUCGUGGGCGCGCGUGGGGCCGGCCGUGGAGCUGGCGCUGGCCCGGGUGAGGGCGCGGCCCGACUGGCUGCCCGGCUGGACGGUGCGCACGGUGCUGGGCAGCAGCGAGAACGCGCGGGGCGUCUGCUCCGACACGGCCGCGCCGCUGGCCGCCGUGGACCUCAAGUGGGAGCACAGCCCCGCCGUGUUCCUGGGCCCCGGCUGCGUGUACGCCGCGGCCCCCGUGGGGCGCUUCACGGCGCACUGGCGGGUGCCGCUGCUGACGGCCGGCGCGCCGGCGCUGGGCUUCGGGGCCAAGGACGAGUACGCGCUGACCACCCGCGCGGGGCCCAGCCACGCCAAGCUUGGGGACCUGGUGGCGGCGCUGCACCGACGGCUGGGCUGGGAGCGCCAGGCGCUCGUGCUCUACGCGUACCGGCCCGGCGACGACCAGCCCUGCUUCUUCGUGGUGGAAGGCCUGUACGUGCGCCUGCGCCACCGCCUCAACGUCACGGUGGACCACCUGGAGUUCGCGGAGGGCGACCCCCAGCACUACUCCCUGCUGCUGCGGACCGUGAGACGCCAAGGCCGAGUUAUCUACAUAUGCAGCUCCCCAGAUGCCUUCAGAACUCUGAUGCUUUUGGCCCUGGAAGCCGGCCUGAGUGGGGAGGACUAUGUGUUUUUCCACCUGGACCUCUUUGGACAAAGCCUGCAAGGUGCACACGGUCUUGCUCCCCACAGGCCCUGGGAGAGAGGCGAUGGGCAGGAUGCCAGUGCCCAGCAGGCCUUUCGGGCCGCCAAAAUCAUCACAUAUAAAGAGCCGGACAACCCUGAGUACUUGCAAUUCCUGCAGCAGCUAAAACACUUGGCCCAGGAGAAGUUCAACUUCACCCUGGAGGACGGCCUGAUGAACACCAUCCCAGCGUCCUUCCACGAUGGGCUCCUGCUCUACAUCCAGGCAGUGACAGAGACUCUGGCACAUGGGGGAACCUUCACUGAUGGGGAGGCCGUCACUCAGCGGAUGUGGAACCGGAGCUUCCAAGGGGUGACAGGAUACUGGAAAAUGGACAGCAAUGGGGAUCGGGAGACCGACUUCUCCCUCUGGGAUAUGCAUCCUGAGACUGGCACUUUCAGGCAGAGACAGGCUCACGUGGUGGCCACACAGCUCAUUAAAUUCAGUCAGGAACAGGAAGGAAUUGAGGCCACAAGUGCUGAGGAGCAGAUCACUCGGGGAAGACUUCCUGGAGGAGGGGUGGUUCUGAACUACAAUGGGACCUCCCGAGAGCUGGUGGCCGUGCCAGGGCACGAACUAAGCUGGCCCCUGGGCCACCCACCUCCUGACAUCCCCAAAUGUGGCUUUGACAACGAGGACCCGGCUUGCAACCAAGACCACUUUUCCACACUGGAAGUUCUGGCCGUGGUGGGCAGCCUCUCCCUGCUCAGCAUUCUGACCGUCUCCUUCUUCAUAUACAGGAAGAUGCAGCUCGAGAGGGACCUGGCCUCAGAGCUGUGGCGGGUGCGCUGGGAGGACGUGCAGCCCAGCAGCCUCGACAGGCACCUCCGGAGUGCAGGCAGCCGGCUGACGCUCAGCGCGAGAGGCUCCAAUUACGGCUCCCUGCUGACCACAGAGGGCCAGUUCCAAGUGUUUGCCAAAACGGCGUAUUAUAAGGGCAACCUUGUGGCUGUGAAGCGUGUGAACCGUAAGCGCAUCGAGCUGACUCGUAAAGUGCUGUUUGAACUGAAGCAUAUGCGGGAUGUACAGAACGAACACCUGACCAGGUUUGUGGGUGCCUGCACUGACCCCCCCAACAUCUGUAUCCUCACGGAGUACUGUCCCCGUGGGAGUUUGCAGCAGGACAUUCUGGAGAAUGAGAGCAUCACCUUGGACUGGAUGUUCCGAUACUCUCUUACCAAUGACAUCGUCAAGGGUAUGCUGUUCCUGCACAAUGGGGCCAUUUGCUCUCAUGGCAACCUCAAGUCUUCCAACUGUGUGGUGGACGGGCGCUUCGUGCUCAAGAUCACUGACUUCGGGCUGGAGAGCUUCAGGGACCCGGAACCAGAGCAAGGCCACACCCUCUAUGCCAAAAAGUUGUGGACAGCCCCUGAGCUCCUGCGAAUGGCCUCACCCCCUGCCCGGGGCUCCCAGGCAGGUGAUGUGUACAGCUUUGGAAUCAUCCUUCAGGAGAUUGCCCUGAGGAGUGGCGUCUUCCAUGUGGAGGGUUUGGACCUUAGCCCCAAAGAGAUCGUGGAGCGCGUGACUCGGGGUGAGCAGCCCCCCUUCCGGCCCUCCCUGGCCCUGCAGAGUCACCUGGAGGAGCUGGGGCAGCUGAUGCAGAGGUGCUGGGCUGAGGAGCCGCAGGAACGGCCCCCCUUCCAGCAGAUUCGCCUGAUGCUGCGCAAGUUCAACAGGGAGCACAGCAGCAACAUCCUGGACAACUUGCUGUCCCGCAUGGAGCAGUAUGCCAACAACCUAGAGGAGCUGGUGGAGGACAGGACCCAGGCCUACCUGGAGGAGAAGCGCAAGGCCGAGGCCCUGCUCUACCAGAUUCUGCCCCACUCAGUGGCUGAGCAGCUCAAGCGUGGGGAGACGGUCCAGGCUGAAGCCUUCGACAGUGUGACCAUCUACUUCAGCGACAUUGUGGGCUUCACGGCCCUGUCGGCAGAGAGCACGCCUAUGCAGGUGGUGACCCUGCUCAAUGAUCUGUACACCUGCUUUGAUGCCGUCAUAGACAACUUUGAUGUGUACAAGGUGGAGACCAUUGGCGAUGCCUACAUGGUCGUGUCGGGGCUCCCCGUGCGGAAUGGGCUGCUUCACGCCCGCGAGGUGGCCCGCAUGGCCCUGGCGCUUCUGGAUGCUGUGCGCUCCUUCCGCAUCCGCCACCGGCCCCAGGAGGAGCUGCGCUUGCGAAUCGGUGUCCACACAGGACCCGUGUGCGCCGGCGUAGUAGGGCUGAAGAUGCCUCGCUACUGCCUCUUCGGAGACACAGUCAACACCGCCUCCAGGAUGGAGUCUAACGGGGAAGCCCUGAAGAUCCACUUGUCUUCUGAGACCAAGGCUGUCCUGGAAGAGUUUGGUGGUUUCGAGCUGGAGCUUCGAGGGGACGUAGAAAUGAAGGGCAAAGGCAAAGUGCGGACCUACUGGCUCCUAGGGGAGCGGGGCGGUAGCACUCGAGGCUGACCUGCCCCCCCUCACCUUGGCCUUCUACACCCCCUUCCCUGCGCCAGAGGCAACAGAGAGGUUCCAGGUCCUGGCCUCACUCACAGCAGCCCCACCACUGCCAAAAGGAUCGGAGAAGUAGUUUGAACAACCCAAACGUGCUAACCCCAGUGGAGACACCAGAUGUGACCUCUGGUGGAGGACUGGUGUUGGGGAGGACUCAGAGUUCAUGGGACUGGACCAAAGCACACAGUCAUAUCCAGUGGCACAUGCGGACAAGUGUACCCACUCUCCACCCGGACUCAAGCCAGGCUAGAGUGUGGACUCCACUUUGAGACACUGUGACUUCUAUGGGGAGGGGGAAGAGCCACUUUAGAGGUAACAGGAAAGGGGACUACAGGUGAAUCUAGGGGGUGAGGGGAGUCCACGUCUAGGCCCAACCCACAUGGGCCACAAACACCCCCCCAUGCCCCCCCCAGCACUGAAUACAGUGCACAGGGGAAGGGCAGCCCUGUAUGCCUUGUUUCUCCUGUGAGCAGAGACCAUGAACAUCUUUAUUCCAGUGAAUGUCUCUGGAAGGACAGCGGGUGGCCAGAAAACACAGCCGUGCUCCCUGCCCUCUGUUCCACAUAAGAUGCUUCCUGAGCUGGGGAGUGCAGUGUCUGAAAUCAGCUUCAGUUUCCUCAGCCAGGAUCUACGUGACAGCCUGUGAAUUACCCCAGCAGUGCUGACGCUCUUGGUCUAAGGACCUGUUUACACCCUUAAGAAUUAUUGAGGGCCCCAAAGAGCUUUUGUUUAUGUGGAUUAAAUCUAUCCAUAUAUAUAGCAUAUUAGAAAUUAAAACAAGUCCUUAUUAACUCAUUUAAAUAAUAAACCAAUCAUAUGUCUAUAUA